AAAUGGUUGAUAGUAUAAAUCAGGUAAUUAAGGGGAGGAGGAAAACACCAUCUGUCAGUUUGUAUAAAGUAGAAUAUAGUAAAAAUGACUACUAUUUAUUAGUUAUGGAUGCAUGAAGAAGGAUUUUUGAUUAAUAAGAAAUCAGGACUUGUAUUGGAUAUUCGAGGUGGAAGUAAGUUUAUCAGAUAGAAUCAAAUAAUAUUUAUGUAUGUAUGUAUGUAUGUUAGGUGUUGAAAGAAAUAAGACGAUUAUUCAAUAUGCUCGUAAACCUGGAUUGGCUCAUAAUCAAAGAUGGACAUUUAAAGAUGGAUAUAUUUUCCCUACUUCUGCUCCUCAUUUAGUAUUGGAUAUUAAGAAUUCUGAAUUUAAAAAUGGAAAUACAAUCUAUUUAAAUGCUAAAAAUCUUCAUUCAAAGACACAAAAGUGGAUAAUUCAACCUUUUGAAAAUGAAAAAUCAAAAGCUGAAUUAGCUUUACUUAGGCCUUCACCACUUCAAAGAAACUCUACUUUUCCAAGACAGGAAGAGUUAUAUGAUUGUUAUAGGCUUGUUUAUUUAGAAGGAGAAUUGAAUAACGUUACAUUAGAGCAAUUAGCAGGCGCUGCUGCAUUUAAGGGUAUAAAGGAUUAUAUUUAUCAAUUAAAGCAGAAUGUAAAUCAAGGCUUAAUCGUUGCUGAUGAUAUUUCAAGGCAACAAGUUAUAAAUCAAGUUAAGAAUGAGACUUUGAAAGUACUAUCUCAACAUCAAAUCGAAAGCAAUUUGUUUCAAGAAUUAGUGCAGUCAGCAAUGUCAGUAGCAGAAGCAUAUUUUAGUAGAGAAUAUAGUAACAACUAAAAUAAACUAUUCUAUUGCUGCUCUUCUUAACUCAAUCUCCCAUUCUUCCAUGCCCUCAUAUUCAUUUGCCUCUACUUUAUUUUUCAAACUAUCUACUGGCUUUUUGCUGGUUGUCAAAGUUGAAUCAUCUUCAUUUUCGUUAAAAUUAAAUAGAACUACUUUAUCCUUUUUUACUGUAAAAUCUUCCUCUUCCUCU